AUGUACGCCCCCCCUUUUGUCCGCGCCUUCGGAAUCGCAGUCCUUGCCGUCCUCCCAUCUUUCUCUUCGCCCGCAACUGCCGCUUCUCUGAAAUCGUCCGGAUCUUCGUCAUCGUGCAGAUGCUUCCCGGGAGACGCCUGCUGGCCAUCCCCGGCCGACUGGAAGGCCUUCAACCAGUCCGUCGGCGGACGUCUCAUUGCCACGGUCCCGCUUGGAUCCGUCUGCCAUGGCACCACGUAUGAUGCCGCACGCUGCGCAGACGUCAAAGCCGCAUGGCCGUAUGCGGACACACACACCGACUCGUCUAGUUCCGUCCUUGCGCCUUUCUUUGCGAACCAGAGCUGCGAUCCGUUUCUCCCUAGAGAGACUCCCUGCGUUAUCGGCACAUAUGUCCAGUACGCCGUCAACGUCUCCAGCGUUGCAGACAUCCAAAAGACUCUUGCGUUUUCUCAGAAGAAGAAUCUUCGCCUGGUAGUGAGAAACACGGGCCAUGAUUACUUUGGAAAGUCCACUGGAGCCGGUGGUCUGGGACUAUGGAUGCAUAAUCUCAAGACUUACGAUAUCCACGACUACAAGUCGGCUGCUUACACUGGAAAAGCGGUCACCAUGGGCGCGGGCAUCCAGGCGGGAGAGUCUGCUGCUACUGCUUUCAAGCAAGGCCUUACCAUUGUGUCUGGGAUAUGUCCGACUGUUGGCCUGGCCGGAGGAUACACCCAGGGCGGCGGCUUAGGGCCCUUGACGACCAGAUACGGUCUCGGAGCUGACCAGGUACUGGAGUGGCAUGCGGUGCUUGCAAACGGCUCCGAAAUCACUGCGACUCCAACCAAGAACAGCGAUCUGUACUGGGCCUUGACUGGUGGCGGUGGUGGCACAUACGCCGUCGUGUACUCCAUGACCGUCAAAGCACAUGCAAACGAGAAGACCACAGGGGCGAAUCUCACGUUUCCGAAUGCCGGGUCAGAAGAUGUCUUCUUUCAGGGAGUUCAAGCAUUUCACGAUAUUAUACCUGCGAUAUCUGAUGCCGGGGGCACGGCGGUCUGGACCGUGCUUUCCAAGGCCUUGUCCGUUGGGCCAGUUACCGGGCCGAACAUGACCAAGGCGACCAUGGAUAGCAUCUUUCAGCCCGUGCUCCAGAAACUGGAUGCUCUCAAUAUUACAUACUCCUACUCCUCUGGGGAGUUUUCAAGCUUUUAUGAGAGCAACGCCGCUUAUGACCCACCGGUGGUGUCAAAUGGUCUCCAAAUUGGCGGCAGACUCGUAAAGCGGUCUGACUUUACCGGGAACCCAGACGGCUUCAUCCAGGCCAUUCGUGGUAUCGCCGAUCAAGGUGGACUGGUCACCGGGGCCUCAUACCAGCUAUCGAGCAGCCUCCAACACCCGCCCAACUCGGUGAACCCAGAGCUGAGGAAGAGCUUGAUUUCGUUUCAGAUCGGAGUACCCUGGAUCAACACAGACUGGGCUACAGAUCUUCACAACCAGGAUCUCAUCACCAACUCAUUCGUACCCGCGCUGGCUGCCCUUCUUCCCAGUGGGGGCUCUGCUUACCUUAACCAGGCGGACUUCCGGGAACCAGGAUGGCAGCAGGUAUUUUACGGAGAAAACUAUGAGAAACUGCUUGAGUUGAAGGAUGUGUAUGACCCUAAUGGGGUCUUCUGGGGAAGGACUACGGUUGGGAGCGAACGGUGGGCUGAGACGGAAGAUAAGCGCCUUUGCCGAGUCUCGUAA